AAGAGCAAAGAAGCCAUUAUUAGGAAGAAUAGAAAGAGUGUAUUAAAGUGUUAUUAAGGCUGCUAUAUUUGGCUGAAUCGUGAGUUGACUAGGCAGCAGCAACUGUAUGGAAGAAGGAAGGAAAAGAAAAAAAGCAAAGAAGGACAAAAAGUGUGCCAAGUUAGCUACUACCACUACCUAGGCAGGCUGCUACUGUCAUUCUACUUUCAAGUUAGUUGCCAACCAACCAGCCUUGGUGGAAGGACAUUGCUGCCAACUGUCUGCUUGCCUUGCUUUUACCUACCUAGCUACCUGCCUGGCCGUUGCUUCUCCUCGUUGCUCGAGCUUUUCCUCUCUCUUGCUCGUCUAAAGGCGCCGUCACAAUGUGGGGGAGAAAAAUUUAUAUAACUACUGUAUUAGCAGCGAAACAUUUUUAACAGGGGGUGAAAAAAGAGAAACAAAGAAGAAAGGAAAAAAGAGAGAUCGGAAUUAAUUAAAUCCAUACUCACACAUUUACACUUAUUUAUUAUUACCAGAUUGUGUUUUUGUGUUUAAUUAUGUAAACUAGCUUUGCUAAUUACUACACAUUUUCGUCAACAUAAUUGAAUCCCAUUGACACAAAUGUACAUAUAUAUACACACACAUAUAUAUUAUAUAUUUUCCUGCAUAUGCUAAAGCACACAAGCACCCAGAUCCUUUUUUUAAUACUUUGUUCUUUGAAUAUUUUCCGUCUAAAAGUAAAUUAAGCCAUUUUUCAUAUUAAAUUUAUCAAAUUUAUUAAUCUAAUGGGUUAAUUUAUUUAUAUCUAUGUACUUACGUGAAUUUUAUAUAUUUUAUCGUUUAACAUAUAUUUAUUAAUCUUCAAUAUUUAAAUAGCUAUGUAGUAAUUUAACAUGGUAAAAGCUUUUCUCUCAUGUAAGACAAUCUACAAUAUUUAUUUUAUCUAACCAUAUAAUUUUGGUUUUCGUUUAAAGACGUUGAAAUGUUUCAAUUUCGUUUCCCAUGUAAAGUGCCCCUCAUUACACUUAAUUAAGAACAAUUAUCACCUUUAUUGAUACAUAUAUAAAAAUAAUAAUUAAGCAGUAUUAUUAGAAAUAAUAGUAAAUUGGAUAACUAUUAUUAAAUUGCGAUCUCUAAGGAAUGUAAAUAUUUUCAAGCCGUUUCUUAAAUCGGAUCUAUGCAGUGGGGAGGUGCGCGGUAGCUCGGAAAAUAGGAUUGGCGCAAAAGUGAGAGAUGGACGAAGGCAGGCCAGGCGGUACGAGCACCAUGGCACCGUCGCAAGACUCGGGCACACGCCAGUUCAACUGGCAAGAUUGUUACAAGACUGCCCAGAUGGUGCCUUUAUUGGAUCUGGCCUUGGUCGGUAGCUACAACAUACGGAGGCUAGUCACCAAUCAUGCUAAUGCCAUAGGCUGCCCUUCCGAAUAUAUAUUCCUUCCCUUGCUCUCUUGCACAGCCGCUCUGAUGGGCAGAAAGACAAAAAUAAAAGUGAAUCAACUAUGGCAGGAACCACCUGUAGUUUGGACAAUGAUUGGUGCCUACCCAGGCACACGGAAAUCUGCUGCCCUCCGCCAACUUAUGACACCACUUUUAGAAAUCCAGAGAGAACUCGAAAAGCAAUGGCAUUUAUCACGUCCUACUUCCCCUGGCGCUCCACCUCACAGUGGCCCCGGACCUCAAAAAUUAAUUGCUGGGCCAAUGACUCACGAAGAUUUAUCUCAUGUACUUCGAAAGAACAGUGGACAAAUUCUGUGUUUUGCUGAAGACCUCCAUCAGUUACACAAAAUGCUAGAACUAGACCAAGAAAAUUCUAAAGGACCCGAUCAACUCUUGGUUCUCUAUGAUGGCGGUCCAAUGUUUCACGUAGAGAAUGGUGAAAUGACAACUUUAGAUUCUACCUGCUUUAAUCACACAGGUAUGGGUCACCCAAAAUAUGUCGUGGAUUUAUUUCUCAACGGUCAAACCUGGCUUAGUAGUCGCUAUUUAGUAGCUUGCCCUCACAAUCCCAACUUUUCAACCAUCUGGAAUUCGAUUCCUCUCACUACCGACACACCUCCUAUGAAAACUAUUUUUCAAACACUUCAUACAUAUCAUCAACAAAACCGAGAAUAUGUUUUCUCGACAGAAGCCUGGAAAGAUCUGUGCCGUGUGCACGACGAAGAGUGGGCAAGCAUGGUUAGUCAACUGGAUCACGAUGAACGUCGUCGAAGCGCCAUUGAGAAGUCUCUUGGUCAGAUUGUACGUAUGGCAGGUGUGCUGAAGGCCUUAAUGAACGCUUGCGAGUUUACGAUGCAGGCUACAAAUCCAGCUAUUUAUGAAUGGGAUUUGGUUAUCGACAGUGAAACUCUACACAAAGCCAUUGAACUAAGCAAAUAUUUCAUGGAGCAAAAACUUGCAUUGAUGUUGGUGUCUGGAAUGUCUCUUGGUCUUCAGCCUUCUGUCAAUGUUUCCGCUGCUGCAGCUGCCUUGCAACAACAACAACAGUACUGUGCACAAGCUGCACACUCCGCAUCGCAGGCAGCUGCAGCAGCCGCUGUUGUUUCACAGCAGCAGCAACAGCAAGUCCAACAGCAAGCUCAGCAACAGUCUAACCAGCAAGUUGCAGCAGCAUCUCAACAACAACAGCAACAACAAAAUACCCACAACUCAUCUGCCGUCCUUUCUAUCCCCCCUACUCCUGCUCAAUCUACAGCCCUUGGUGUUCUCCCGUCCGGCAUACAAACGUCUCCCAGCACUCAGAACUUACCUUUGCCACCCAUUAAUAGUUUACCCAAAGAAUGGGACCAGCCUCAAGUAGUCCUUGCUGAUGAUGAUUAUGAGAUCCCUUUUAUUCCAGAAUUUUACACUAUGGACAAGGCAUCCUUUAUCACUAAUCACGGCAAACGAAUGAAGCGCUUGCUUGAGUGUUAUGAUGAUGGAACGGGUGUGUCGGCUACGACAGCUGCUCAAAAGUCCAUCGCGCCACCCGUGAAACAACAAGCCACCAAUAACCGACACCCUGUCUGGGUGUCGGUGUUGUUCUUUAAAAAGGUCUCAGAGUUUGGCGUCGGUGCUGCUGAAAGAAUUAAGCAUCCAUCAAACAAAAAAGUGUACUGGCGCUUUAAACGUAAGCAUCCUUUAGAGCUUGAUGAGAAGAACAAGCAGAUGUUGCAGUAUCUGCGAGUUGAUAUGAACCUUUACAACAAAAUUGGCUCAAAUGUCUACGAAACAUCAUCUCCAGGGCCCCCUCCUGUUGAUGUUGUUGAUAACUCAGAUGUUGUUGAUGAGAAUUCUACUGGAGGGUCAAGCUCGGCAUUUGAUCCAAGCUUCAGUGUUAAGCAAGAACUUGUACAGCUCAACUGAGGACACACGUUACCGGUUCCGGCCUUGAACUGAUUUUAAAAUAUCUGAAUUUUAAUCUGUUUCCCAGUUGAUUUUGUUGUAAAGUGUGUGAGACUGUGUAAGGUAACACAGUGAGAGAGAAAGAGAGAGAGAAUGCGAGCGAGAGAGAGAGAGAGAGAGAAACGGAGGGCGAGGUUAAGUGGAGUGAAAAAGGUCAAUUUUAUUUAUAAAUUUUGCUAAUUCUUUGGAUUUUGUACAGAUAAAAUUGAAUUUUUCUGCAAGUAACAUGGUAUUUGUUGAGAAAAUACAGCUCAAUAAAAAAGUAUAAAAUGAAAUUUAAAAAA